AUGAACGACCGCUGGAAUUACGACGCCUCCUCUCCUUCUCGGCGUAGGGUUCGGCUACCAUCUGAAGAGUCGGACUCGGAUGAUCAGCCGUUAACUCAAAGACUUCGCCGCCGAGCCCCUCCUUCGAUGCCAGACUCAGGCCCUUCUGCCAUCCCUUCUCCUUCACCUCCGGUUGCAACCACCUCUCCCCCUUCGCCCCCUGUUGCAACUCCCCCUCCUGUCCCGAGCCAGGCAACUGUUCCGCCUGAUCCCACCGCAAUUCCAGUUGAGCCUCCCACUGCUCAACAUUCUCCUCCAGCUCAACCUCCUACUCAACCUUCUACGUCACAGCAGCACCAGAACACCGAGGCCGAUCCCUCGCGCCGCUCUCCGCCAGCUACCUCACCUCCAGAGCCAUCUCCUGUGCCUCCAUCAGCUCCUUCUAGGUCGGCUGCUGGGCCUUCUAGCUUCGCCGCGGGGCCUUCACAACCACCACCACCUGCCCCUCUUUAUUAUCGUACCACUGCUCCUUCAGAGGCUGGACUACAGUCAAGGCGUGACGUUCCCACCAACUCCUUGACCAUGAAAGGUCGCCUAGCCACUGUGUGGGAAGAAAGCAGGCGUCAGACGGAGCUUUUGCCACCCCUUGCCCAGAUGGAUAGAUCUUCUGAGCUAUACAUCAAGAUGCUGCAAGACAAGGUAACUGAACUGGAGCUUCAAUUGAAUAACCCGGCGCAGGCUAGUUACGCCCUGAGGGCUGAAGUAAAAUCUCUAACCAAAAAUAAAAAUAGUCUGGAAGUAUCCUUGACGAUAUCUGACCAAAAGCUUAAGGACCUCAAGGAAGAAAGAAGCCAAGUUGAAGUUAUGCAUCAGCAACGCAUGGAUCAACAAAUUUUGGAGCAUCAGCGAAUUGUUGACCAAUUGACCCAGAAGCUGUGUGCCGCUGAAACUUUAUAG